AUGGCUUCGAGUGGUAAGAUAGCGUUGGAUCUUGAUCCUGAGCUUUAUGGCGAUGCUCACAAUGACCCCUUUCUACAAGACGAGGAGAAAUUGCCCAUAAAUGAAUUAAUAACUAGAAUACUCGUAGAAAGGAAGUCGUUUUUGAAUUUAACAGAAGAGUCAUUGCAUGAAGAAUUGGAAUCUAAAAACAAUGGUGAAUCCAAUGGUAACGAACCGAAACAAGUUGACGAAGAAAUAGUGGAAUAUACUGCUCCUGAUAUUUCCAUUGAUGGUCAGCAAAAUAAUGAUUUACUUGAAAAAACCCAAGAUGAAGAUUCUAAAGAAUCUGACUUUGAAAAAUUUCAAACCCAAAAACAAGAAUUGGCCAAUCAUAUUGGGCUUGCAUUGAAUGAAACUUCCUUAUCCUUGGAUUUUGUUUCCUUGCUUAUAUCGGCAGUUAAACCUAAUGUUGGUAAGGCAACCAUGUCGCCACAUUUAAACAAGAAUAUUCCUCUUGGGUCAUUGGGGGCUGAUAGACUAGGGCGUAAUGAUGAAAAAGAUGCAAAUGAAACUAAAAAGAAUUCGGAUAAAAUAGGGUAUGGCUGGAAAUAUCAAGCGUUGAAUAAUGUUACCAAAUUAUUUCGAAAUGCUAGUACAAAUCUUAAUGAACAGAUUUUGAAAGAACGCCAAUAUUGGAGUAUGGUACGUACUGUUUUAGAUAAUGAUGAGGUUUUAUUUAGAAUGAGAGAUCCAAUAGACGGUAGUAAAGCAAUUGGGGUAAAAUAUGGCUUUGGAGAUUCAGGAUCGAGUUAUCACGAUAAAGGUUUAGCCGUUUUGAGAAAAGAUUCACAAAAUGGAUCGAUUGAAUUCAAUUCAGUACUUUCAACCAAUGUUGGUGGACACGUCCAAUAUAAACCGACUGAUAAAGUGUAUAAAUAUGUCAGAGUUAAGAUAUUGAGUAAAAUUGAUGAUGAUUUUAUGUUAACUGGACAAUCCCGAUUUGAAAGUGAGUUGAUAACUCAGAAUAGUCAACAUAAGAUAGUGAAUGAUAUUGAAAAAGCCCGGUUUUUCCUUUUCGAGGAAGAUUUAUUUUAUCAUUUAACAAGAGAAGCUAAAUCCUUAAUUAAUUAUAAUGUUUCUUUAAUAUCGAAUAAAAUCCUUAUUGAAAUAAAUGAUGAAAUAAUCGAGAUUGAGUCAGUGAUGUACGAUGAAAAUAAUGUUGAUGAUUUACAAAAUACGUAUCAAAAUACUAAUGAAUUAUCAUCAUUAAACAAUAAAAAGGCACAAUCAAUACUUACAUUUACCAAAUUGAUGUUAUGCUGUUACUAUAAUUACAAUCUAAGACUUAAACAGAAGAUCCCCACCUCAGUCACCAAAUGGAAACAGACAAAUACCCAUCCGUUAAUUUUAAGACCAUUAUUAGGACAUAUAAGACACCAAAUCAAUAUUAGUAAUAUGAACACAUUACUAGAAACCAUGUUAUCAAAGUUUGAUCCGGCUAAACUAAAACAUAAGGUAGAAAUCCUCAAGUACUCAAAUAUUGGUAAAUUAGUUAAAAUAGAGAAUGCAUUUCAAAAAUCCAUCGAAAAACCUUUAUCUACUUUUAAAAUUUUUUUGGAAAAUUCAAGUAAUAAAACAUGUUUGAAAAUAGAUAUAGAAAUUACAGCAACAGAGGUAUUUGCAAACUUGGUUAUUAAUUUGAGUAUCAUCAAGUAUGAUAAUGAAAAAGAUCUUGAUGCCAAUGAAGGUGGUACUAAUCUUCUUCAAAUAAACUUUACUGAUUUGAAUGAUAUCGAAGAAUGUUUGAAUUGGACAAUUCUUAAGUUCUUGAAAUAA